GGCCUGGGGUUCCGUCCCCCUGCGCACUCCCGGAGCGACUGGAUCGGCCCCCCGGACAAACAUUCCAACCUGCGUCCUGUCAUCUUCUACGUGCCCCCCAGGGAGUCGGCCCUGGAGCGGCGGCUGCGCGAGGCACGGCAGGAGAACCAGGUCUGCAACCAGCGCUUCUGGGCACGCCACAACUCUGCCUUCCUCCAGGAAAAAGAAGAAUUUAUAUACUCAAGACUGAAAGCCAAAGGUCUGGAAGUGAGAGAUGAAACAGGUCAGAAACCAACGCUGAGUGCAGAAGAAAUGGCUGAUUUUUACAAGGACUUCCUGAGGAAAAACUUUAGGAAGCAUAUGCAGUAUAACAGGGAUUGGUAUAAAAGGAACUUUACUAUCACAUUCCUCAUGGGACAAGUAGCACUG